CUCCGCUCUUCUAGUUGCAUCCGCAGCGCCAUGAGGUCUGACCUUCAGCCUGUUCCUCUUUGGCAUACUUCUACCGCCCUUGAUUCCUGCACGUCGACGCCAGGUUGGCCAUACUGGUCAGUGUGGAAGGAUGCUCCUCCGCAAGCAACCAUUGCUAUCAACCUUCAUGAACAAUCUCGCACUUACGUUCACGACCCAAAGCUGCAACGACGACACUGUUUCACUGAUGGAAAAAUGUUCUCAGCUACUGAGAAACGUGAAAUGCGGAAUAGGUUGCGCUUGAUAAGCAGACUUCACCUAAUAUCUAACGGUAAUCAAAGAGACUUGGCAGUGAAUGUUGCCACCAAGCAGGGAGGGCAGCCGACCCGCUCCGGCCACAUCCCUUGUUCAGCAGGAUGCAUGGAAGAGAAAGGCCGGAGCAGGGACGCGGGCUGUGGCCCGUUUUGCACCACGUCUAAAGGCGAUGAUAGCCUAGAAAUAUGUUUCAAGCUAUUAAGAGGACGAGAUAGCCGUUAUUACGGGAGGAAUAAUGUCACGGUUCAAGGUGCAUCUGAUCUAUUCCGGCACACUGGGGUUUCCGCUACGUGUUUGAACAAAGGAUCUGUGAGUAGGGGUACAGAAUUAGGAAGUGCUAAACAACGGGGCGUCGAUAUCCCAGCGGCUGGAAGGAUUACCGUGACCACGAUAUGGUUUCUCUAUGAAGGCACAUACAUGGGACCUUCACACGAUCGUGACAUCGCUGACUAG